GUCGAUAAAAUGAGAGAACGAAAAGCGUCAAUAAAUUAAUCCCUUGCAUAAUGUUCUUAUAAUGAUAAUUAACAACCAAAAAAAUAAUGUUGAAGAUUAUUUAUUAAUGUUCUUGUUAGUAUAAACAAACGAAAAGUAUAAAGAUUUAGGCUUAAACGAAAUCGACAAAUUUAUUAAAUAAUCAAAAUGAUAUUCACGUUUUUUUAUAUGAUAGCGACCUCGAUACAGUCGAGACGAAUAUUAUUUAUAAAGAAUCACUUGCGAAAUUUGUUCGAAGGGGAAAGUACGAUAAUGUUUUAUAAUAAAACGUCUAAUUCGUGUAAAGAAACGAAAUCUCCAAUCGACGAGUACGAGAAUGAAGAGCUGAUGAGCUCGCCGCGUUGUUUAAACAAAAAAGAAGCGAAGUUGAAAGAAUUGUUGUGGUACAAUGGGGAUUCAAGAUUAUUUACUAUAUUACCUCAACAAAAGGUCGAUACAUCCAGUUGGUUGACAUACAGUUAUGGGAAAACGUUUUUCCCCUUGCAAACGAAUAACUAUAAUGGGAAUUCUUUGAAAUCUGAGUACAAAAUUUAUAUUUUAAUUGAGGCGGACCUCGAUAGUUUUAAACAAAUCGCAACCACUAAAGCUACCAAGAUCGAGGAUUACGGUUUAAUAAUUACAUGGACCGCAGACAAAAAUAUUGAUUUGAUCAUCGAAUCAGAUUUGGACAUGGUCGCAAAAUUUUUUAUAGCCGCCAUGGAGGGUCAAUGUUAUGUUAAUAAUGGAUUGUUGUUAAAACGUAUAGAAACUGUUCAAAUUUCGGGGAAACCCUGUUUAUAUAAUAACGAUUUAUUGAAUGUACCACCAACGAAAAGUAAGUAG